CCCUCCCCCCGCGCCAGAGUCGCAUCGCGUGAAAUCACUGCCGUUUGGAUGGCAUCAUCCUGCGGUCGCUGCGACGAGCGCCUCAUUCGAAGACCCGAAGACAAGAAGACGCGACGGGGCGUUUAAAAAGAAAAAGGCUGUCGCUAAAUGAGCGCGCCCGCCGCACCCAGCCCCGCCCCGCCCCGCCCAAGUGGCGUAGCUCGGCGUGCCACGAAAUAUGCAUUAAGGUUAGUACAGUACAGAGGCCGCUCUCCCCUCCACCAUCACCAACACCCACUACCACUCACACCAUCAUUACCAGCCCUCCCUCUCACACACCAUCAGUAAGGAUUUAUACGGUCACAAAUGGCAUUUUUACGAACCAUGUGUGUAUCUACGAUUUCCAUGUCCACACACAUUGAGGUGUCGGGGGGCUGCUGAUCUUGUCUGAGCGCGGCUCGGCGCCCGGGUCGGAACGGGCACCCCCCCCCCCCCCCCGCGCGUGUCGCGGAACGGAAAGGAGGAGGGGGGAGCCCUCCAGCCUUCCGGAGCGAGCGAUGGUUCCAGUUUACAAGUAAUGUGCCACGAGUUGAUCGGACAUCGAUUCGUUGUUGAAAGUGUUGGCGAUCGUCCGUUUUAUUUAUUGGAUGAUUCCUUGUGAGAUGACAGAAGCUCGGCACCUGCGAGACUCGGGAUAGGCCGCCACGCAGUACACGCAUGCACUACACAAGAGUUAAUUGCCUGCCCAUCAGGCGCUAUGAGAGCUUGCGUCGGAGCUACACUUUUGGCAGGCUCUUAACGGAGAAUGACGGGCGCACUUUCUGGACGGACCCUUAUUUUUAAAAACUGCGGUUUAGCUUCUUUUUCUUCCUACAUGGAAUUUAAUUUCGCUUUGGUAUCGAACCGAUACCGGAACGAUGUCGGCUGAUGAUGAUGUAUUUGAAAUGACACCCAACAAACAAUCGCCUAAAAUAAUAUCUUUCGAUGUUCAUAUUGUAUUCUACUUUCCCGAGUUUGAUGUGGGUGGGCAACCGUUGCGAAGGCUGCGGACGAAGAUGCGCCGGGCGAGCCUGCGACGCCCCCACCCACCCGCAACCCUCACCCCCUCCCGCCGGCGUCACCCCUCCCGGCGCCCGACGCACUUCUGCCGUAUAAAACGACGGAGGAGACGAAUUAGCGCCAGAAGCGAGUGCAACUCCGAACCAACAAAUACACAGCAUGGCUAGAAAGGACGGGCCCUCCUCGUUGCUGGUGGUGCUCGCGGUGGCGCUGCUCAGCCCCGCUCUGGUGUGCCUGGCUGCCCCCGGCAGCCCGACCCACGGCCAGGGCCACCACCACGCCGCCCCCGGCGGGGGCGGCCCGCGGCCGCGGAGGCAGGUCGGCGCCGACCUAGACGGUGGCAGCAGCGGCCACCAGAUCGCCGACAACGAGGCCGAGGCGACCGACGAGUACCAGCAGCAGCAGCAGUACCAGGAGCAGGACGCGCACCAGGCGCAGGAGGCGCGACACCACAGCCGCCGCGCGGAGGACAACUACGAGGACGAGCAGGACAUUGUGUACGACUUCUCGUACGAGGUCAAGGACCCUCACACCGGCAACGACUUUGGCCACCGACAGAGCAGGGCCAACGGGCUGACCCAGGGCCAGUACCGAGUACUUCUCCCCGACGGACGCAUGCAGGUGGUGGACUACGUGUCCGACAGGGACGGCUUCCGGCCCAACAUCCGGUACGAGGACGUGGGGAUCCCCGUGUUCGCCGGCACCGAGCAGUUCGAGCAGUUCGCCGAGGGCAGCAACCACUUCGAGCAGGAGGCGGGGCCCGGGUCGAGCGUGGUGUCGAGCGCGCCGGCCGACGGGCAGGCGCAGCAGGGCCCCAGUCCCGACGAGGUGCGGCGGCGCCGGCGGCGCUCGGCGGGGGCGGCGGGGGCCCACAGGAGUGCCCGACGACACUAGGACACUUAGGUACGACUCACCACCACUCGGCGCGGUACAAACGGAACAGAGACGGCGAUAAAAAAAUAGUUGUUAUAAGUUAUGAUCAAUAAAUUAUUUGUUGAAAGAGUU